AAUUCGGCAUAUUCUCCCACUCAAAUAGGUACCCCUGCACUACCGCUAUACAAUCAAACUAUAUAUCCACCACAAGAAACCCUAAAACCUCCUCUUUCUCUCGUAUACCCUUCACUAUCCUUUCCCAUCAGCCUCUGCAGCACACGGCUUCCUGAUUUCUGUGGAUUGAGAGAGUGAACAAUUUGAUCUUGUCAAGCCAUGGCUCUGGUUUUGCAUUCCUCUCCAAACAAAAAUGCGUACAAGGCACUAGUUGCAGCAGAAUAUAGCGGUGUUAAGGUUGAGUUGGUAAAGAAUUUUGAGAUGGGUGUAUCGAAUAAGACCCCGGAGUUCAUCAAGAUGAAUCCUAUUGGAAAGAUUCCUGUGCUUGAAACACCUGAUGGCCCGAUAUUCGAAAGCAAUGCGAUUGCACGCUAUGUGGCUCGAUUGAAUCCUGAUGGCACUUUGUAUGGCUCUUCCUUGAUUGAAUAUGGCCAAAUCGAGCAAUGGCUUGAUUUUUCUGCUACCGAGAUUGAUGUGAGUCUUGGUAACUGGUUAUAUCCACGACUUGGUUAUCGUGUAUAUCUGCCGCCGGCUGAGGAGGCUGCAAUUGCUUCACUUAAGAGAGCUCUGGGAGCUUUGAACACCCAUCUUGCCUCUAACACCUACUUGGUUGGACAUGGUGUUACGCUUGCUGACAUUGUUAUGGUUUGCAACCUGGCUUAUGGAUUUAAGACAAUCAUGACCAAGAGCUUCACCUCAGAAUUUCCACAUGUGGAGAGGUAUGUUUGGACCUUAAUUAAUCAGCCAAAUUUCAAGAAGAUAUGGGGUGAUGUUACACAAGCAGAAUCUAUUCCACCUGUUGCGUCCAAGAAACCAGCACAGCCAAAAGAAUCUGCAAAACCUAAGAAGGAGGAACCAAAGAAGGAGGUUAAGAAAGAAGAAGUUAAGCCCAAAGAAGUAGUAGAGGACGAAGAAGCACCUAAACCAAAGGCAAAGAAUCCGUUGGAUCUUUUGCCUCCAAGUAAGAUGAUUCUAGAUGAAUGGAAGAGGCUUUACUCUAACACCAAGACCAACUUCCGCGAGGUUGCUAUCAAAGGUUUCUGGGACAUGUAUGAUCCAGAAGGAUACUCUCUUUGGUUCUGCGACUACAAAUACAAUGAUGAAAACACAGUGUCGUUUGUCACUUUGAACAAGGUGAGUGGUUUUCUGCAGCGAAUGGAUUUGGCACGCAAGUAUGCCUUUGGAAAGAUGUUGAUUAUUGGUUCAGAGGCUCCAUAUAAGUGGAAGAAGGUGGAUGUCAACGAUGAAGCUCAAAAGGAGCGUGUCAAUCAGAUGAUUGAAGAUGCUGAGCCGUUUGAGGGCGAGGCUUUGUUGGAUGCCAAGUGCUUCAAGUGA